GAGUGGUAAGUGACGUUCACAUUCACCUGCGCCAACGACGCCUCCCCAGUCAUACUUCGUAUACCGACCAAGUCGCUUCCAUUUUUAAACGCGUUUCAAUUUGUUUAUUUUUUUUAAAGUGCGUGCCAGAUCUGCGAAAAAAAUAUAUACCACAAAAUGUCAGUCGAAAGGUGUCGGGUCAGUCUUAUUGCUCUCGUAGCCAGUUUAGCAAUCGCCUCCUGCGCGCAAGUAGAAGAUCCAUGCAAGACAAAAUCCAGGGUUGUAGCCGACGACAAAUACUGCGACAAAUACUGGGAAUGUGAUAGCGGUCAGGCUGUCCAGUAUGACUGCCCCAACGGCUUGGUAUUCGCGGGAAAGCAUCGAGGAGUCACCGAGGGCUGCGACUAUCCUUGGAGAUCGAAUUAUUGUGAAUACCCCAAAGUACAAAUAAACCCACCAAUUGGUACGGAGCACUGUGAUUGGUUGUAUGGAAUCUUCGGACAUGAGACCUCCUGCACAAGGUACUGGACCUGCUGGAACGGAACCGCUACAGAGCAGCUGUGUAUCGGUGGUUUGUUGUACAAUGAGAACGCCCACUCAUGCGACUGGCCCGAAAACGUUGACGGCUGUCAAAAACAUCCUCUCUGUAAUGAAGACCCCAACGGCAAUGUGCCUCUCGGCAAAUCCUGCAACAGGUACUGGCAGUGUCAGGGUGGUUACCCUCGUCUCCAACGUUGCCCGGCUAUGCUUGUGUUCGACAGACGCUCUCUAAGAUGUGUCGUACCACCUACUGAGGAAUGUGACGUGCCAACCACCACACCCCAACCACAGGAGGAGGAAGAUGUCAAACAGGGACAACAAAAUUCAAAGAGGACAUCGAACAAUGAAUACCAAGACGGCCAGGGUCAAGGUCGCCAGAGAAACAGAAAUUAAGCUCAGGUUCUAAAUCUUUCUUAAUACAUAGCAAUUUCAAUGGGCAUAAUAUUGAAUCUAACAUUACCAAAUUAUCCAACAGUUUUAGUUUAUAGCAUAUUUUAUAUUUAUAAGGCUGCGUUUUUUGAGCAGUGAUUGUUUAUGAUGUUCUUAUCUGACG